AGCACUCUCACCAGUGACCAGGCCUCCCCUUCCACUCUAAAUCAAAGCUCACUCGGCGUGUUCUUCGCUCCUUGAUAGCGCUGUCUCGAGCACCGUCUUAAUCAGAUGGAUUUUGAAUCUUUGGUGGAUGAUGGCAACUAUCUGGGUUCAGAGCGCGUCAGGCUCGAAAACCAGGUCAUCCUCGAUGAACUCGAGCGCAAAAAGAAGGCUAGGACUAUGGCCGUUCCUACCGAUGACAACCGAGUCAAAGCAAGGCUAAGGGAACUUGGAGAACCCAUCACCCUAUUCGGAGAACGAGCCGCUGACCGCAGAGACCGACUCAUCUAUGUCACUUCGCAAAUAAAUGCGGCGCGGGGCGAUCAACCUAUGCAAGUGGACGAAGACUCGUCCUCAGAUAGCGAAGAAGAGCAAGAGGAGUUUUAUUCUCCUGGAUCGCUGAGUUGCUUGAAGCUCGCAGGCGCAUCGCGGAAUACUCUUUGCCGAGGUGGGACACGUCCAUCCUUCUCUGGCUGCAGCAAGGUGCUUACUUUCUCUUCUAUCUUUCUUACAGAGCUCAAAAACGCGUCACCCAGCAGCGGAUCGACAAAAUUCUCGAAUCUGGGCUCACAGAUCGGAGACGAACGACCUAUAUCCCAAGUCCGGUUCUCUCCCAACAAUGAGUUCCUCGCUACGGGAAGCUGGUCGGGAACUGUCAAAAUCUGGAAUGUCCCCGCCUGUACCAUUUCGCACACCAUGCGAGGACAUAGCGAUCGCGUCGGGGGUGUCGCUUGGCAUCCCAAUGCAACUUUGUCGCAGCCCAGAGGCGUCGUCAAUCUGGCAAGCGGUGGAGGCGAGGGCAACGUGAAUCUUUGGGGAUUGGACUCCGAGUCGCCUCUGGCAGUAUUGAAAGGACAUCAGAACCGCGUUUGCCGGGUUGCCUUUCAUCCAUCGGGUGACUAUGUCGGCAGUGCUAGUUUCGAUACGACCUGGCGACUUUGGGAUGUCAACACCUCUAAAGAGCUGCUACUACAAGAGGGACAUUCAAAAGAGGUGUAUUCGGUAGAGUUUCAAGAUGACGGCGCAUUAGUCGCUUCCGGUGGUCUUGACGCGAUCGGACGUGUUUGGGAUCUACGGACCGGUCGUACGGCGAUGGUGUUGGAUGGUCAUGUCCAGGCCAUCUAUUCUAUCGCAUUCUCGCCGAACGGGUACCAAAUAGCCACCGGGUCCGGCGAUGAUACUCUGCGAAUAUGGGAUCUAAGAUCGCUCAAGUCGCUGUACAACAUUCCUGCGCACCGGUCCAAUGUGUCCGACGUGCGUUUCUUCCGGACAGACGAGACGAAUUUCCCGGGCGGAGCGGGCACUGCCGAGCCCAUGGAUGAAGAUGCCAGUCAUGACAAGCCGUCGCUUGCGAUGGACGAGUGGAAAUAUCGGUCUGGUCUGUAUUUGGCGAGCUCAGGGUACGAUGGACAAGUGAAGCUGUGGAGUGCGGAUGACUGGCAGCUCCUUCGCACUCUGUCCACUGAUGCAGGCAAGGUGAUGUCCGUCGACAUCGCCAGCAACGGAAAACUUCUUGCCUCAGGGACGUACAAUCGAAACUUCCAGCUGUUCUCUCCAGAGGAUAUGUAAUUGCAAAAAAAGAAUGAGAUUUGCAUCAUUCGGUCGUUAUAUCCGUGGGAUCCAAUACCAAUAAUUUCCACGUGCCAUGUAACUCUCUCCGUCCAUGUCACAGUAAUCACAGUGAUUGCCACUGCACGCUUCUGCGGAAAGACUGUUCAACCUGGUAACAAGGGGGCUGCAAGUCAGGGUCUGAUUGGAAUGCUUCG